AGCAGCCAGCCAGUCCUGGAGAAGGAAGGAGAUGGCCGACUAGGAGGCACCGAGAGCUCCGCGACUCACACUGCACAGACUCCUCGACGCAUAACAAGCGUUUAACAGCGGCAGCAGGAGGAGGACGGCUUUCGUAUUUGGUCCCUCUUCCACAAUGGCGGAACCGAACAGCGGCGUGAGGUACCAGGAGCUGGUGAAUGAGGAGGAGCCGGCUCCGCCGUCCCAGGAGGGUCCCACCCAGGAUGCACCACCACCCUACAGCAGCGUCGCCGCAGCAAAUGCAGCUUUCUUUGAAUACAAGGAAGACGGCGGCAGAUUCCCAAACCCCCCCUCCUACAGCGUGGCCACCACCUUGCCCUCCUAUGAUGAGGCUGAGAGGAGCAAAGUGGAGGCCGCCGUCCCCCUGGUCACCGGACGAGUCACGGAGGAGGACUUCGUGGCCAGAGAUGACUUUGAAGACGCCGAUCAGCUACGGAUAGGAAACGACGGCAUCUUCAUGCUCACCUUCUUCAUGGCAUUCCUCUUCAACUGGAUCGGCUUCUUCUUGUCGUUCUGUUUGACCACGUCGGCUGCCGGGCGGUACGGGGCCAUCUCAGGCUUCGGCCUGUCCCUCAUCAAAUGGGUUCUUAUCGUCAGGUUCUCCACCUAUUUCCCUGGUUACUUUGACGGACAGUACUGGUUGUGGUGGGUGUUCUUGGCCCUGGGCUUCAUGCUGUUCGUCAGAGGAUUUGUUAACUACUCCAGAGUGCGUAAGUUGGCUGAUCCCACUUACGCCACCCUUCCCCGAACAAGGGUGCUCUUCAUCUAUUAAAGGUUGUUGACGAACUGGACACGAAGAGGAAGAGAAGCUUCAGAUGAAAGCGGAGACGUUUUGCUCCCGAUGAAGAAAGAUGGCAGUAAAAAAUAUUCAGGAAUUCUAUCAUUUGUUUUUCUUUUCUUUUCGAACUUUAUUAAUGGGAAGUGAUUAACAGUGGUAGUCCCUCAAUGUAUUCAUUAGUGGCGAAUGUCAAAGUGCUAUUUACAUCUGUCUGUAACGUAUGAGUAAUGCCUUAUAUCAUUUGAUGGUAGUGUAUGAGCAUGCAUCUGCCCUGAAGUCCAGUAAAAUAGGGAGAGUCUCAUGUUGGUGGUACUUGAAGCCAGCAGGUAUUUCUAAGUACAACACUCUGUAGACUUGCCAUAGCAUGCAGCACACUUUGUAACCUGCACUAAUCACACUUCUUCAACGCGCUAUAAUGCUGUUUUAGAUGCACUUAAAGAAGCAAGCUUUCAUUAGGACGACACACACACAUUGCCACAUGUCACCCGCCUGUUGGCUUUAAGCGGUGUUGCUUGUUAUUUUAGCCAUGAGGGGGCAGCAUCGUCCGCAGCUGCUCAGGCCCCAGAUACCCUCCAUCAAGGGCAUUGUGUUCGUGAAACUAGCUCGCUUGUGCUUCAACCACGGAGUCAGUGGACACACCAAAAUUACAGUUUUUGCCUGUUAAAUGUCUUGUUGUGCAUUAAAUCAGGUGAAAUUCCUCCACCUGGAAAGAGAAUGUGGAGUUACAGAUGCGGCCCGAGAAAACGCAGCCUGUGUUUUUGAAGCAGGAGCGAAGCCACAAACCAGAUGCUGAGUGAUGUGAAGUUACAAAACCUCAGAGACGGCCACGGAGACAACGCCGUACUUUUCUUAUAAACAGAUAAGCACAUUUUCUGCGGUCGGUCCUCAAAGAAGCUUAUUCAGAUGGUCUGUGGACAGAAACUCUGUGAUUGUAGGAAUGAGGCUUGAUUGUCUGAAUGAGUUUCUUUCACAUUUGGAUCAAAUUAUCAUAAAUUAAAACAAAUUAAAUUCCUUUUCCAGGUGGAUUUUUGCCUUAAGAUUUAAUUAACAGAUAAAAUAGUUUACUUUCUUUUUAUAAUCUUUGAAAAAAAAUCCUCAUCCGGUGUAAUAAAGUCAGUUUGUGGGUGAUGAUGCCACAGAAUGUUGUGUGCAGGAGCACUUUUGGAGACGGAAGCAGUGGAAUCCAGAGGAGGCUGCUGCAGGAUCAUGAGUUCACUUCAUACUUCUGCCAUGGCUUUAAUUACACACCAGUCAUGCUUGGUUCGUAUGUGACGUAGAGCUGCAAACUUUGGGAUUUUGUUGUUAUGAAACUGUACAUAAAAUAUUUAGUGUUGAAUAAAUGUCACUUUCAGUGAG